GUGGGGGUUGGGAAAAAAAAGAAAGAAAGAAAGAUAUAACAUCCCCCAAAAAUGUGGCUAUGGGGUUUUGCACUGCCUUCUUCUACCAAAUGGGUUUGGGUUUGGGUUCGGAGAGGCACAGAGACUCUCCUCUUGCCUGCAAUCUGCAGGAGACUGGAGGAUGGCAAUCUCCUGCCGUGAGCCUCCCCUGUUUAUUUGAUCCUUUCGGCAUCUUAGUGGAAGAUUUUAAUAUGAAGCUAAAAAAAUUAAGGCACAAAGAAGCGGGAGGCAGAGGAGAAGUGUGUGAAGGUUACCUUGAGCUGAGCACCGCUCUCCAUUCCUCCACAGGACAGGGUUAAAUAAAGUUUCCCAGUGGUGUGGAGCUGGGGAGCACUCUCUGGUAAUGGGGUCCAGCCCUGGGAUGCCCCUACUCAUCCCCUGCUCCUUCCCCCUCUGACUCUGCCAUAACUCCUGCACAGGUUGUGCCCAAUUUCUCCUUCCCAUGGGCUCAUUCCCUUUCCCUAUGUGUCUGGGACCUCAGCCAUGCACAGGGCAAUGGGAGCAGCAGGGCUCUAGCUAUGGAUGUGCAGUGACCCCAUUGUGUCACCCCACACACAACUGUCAGGCAGUGGGAUGUGGUGGCCCUGGGGCUUUUCUGUCCCCCAGACAUUUCGAUUUGGGAAGCACAGCAGAAUUGGACUGAAUGGAGGAAGCCCCAGAUGCAGUGCAACCUUUUGCCAUUGCAUGUUGGGAUCUGCUUCAAAUUCUCUUGCUGAUGUGGGGCUAUAAAAGCACCAGGAUACCAUAGGGAUGGGUAUGCAGAAUAAGAAAAAAAUCAGCCCCUCUGGGAAGGAGCUCUAAAACAAGAGCUGCAAGAACAAAUCUUUUGUACUGUAUUCAUUUAAAUAGGCUGCAGAAGGCAUUGUCUGCUGCUCCAAAAGCUCAUUUUCCUAAUUGCCCCUGUGCUGUGAGUAAUCCCAGAUUACUGAGGGUGGAGCAAAGCCCCCAUAGCAGAGGGUGAAGCACGGGCUCUAUGGGCAAAUUAUGUGAAAUUUGGGGCAGUGUGGGGGGGUACAGCUGCCAGCCCUUGGCUGAGGCCCCAUGGACCUCCCCUGGGCUUUGUGGGGUUUAUGCCAAUAUACGCAGCAUGCGGUUGGUCCUCUUGGUAGUGCUUAUCCCCUCUGGUGCACAUCUUGGCUCACUAAGGCGUAUUGAAACCCAUAACUGGAUUUUGAAGACUGGGCAUAAAAUACCUAGAACAUAAUAUGUAUUAAGACUCAUUAGGUUAAGCCAAUUCCCAGCUACACGGAGUCAUUUGAAUGGAGUUAAAUCACCUUUUUCACUGAGCUUAAGUGUCGAAAGGGUGCCAACGUUGGGGAUGGCUCCUUCUGCAGCUCUGGAACUGAGGGAAUGGGAGGGAGCCAGGAGCAUUGAGUAACGUGGCUGAGAUGGAGGCAGUGUGCCCAAAUUGCUGCUGGAUGACAUAGGACCAGCCUGGUCCUAUUUGCAUCCAGAUGUGCAGGAAAAGGUGUGCAGAUCGGAGAGGCGAAAUGGUUGGGAGGGAUGCAUCAGGAAAGGAUGCUCCUUCCACCAACCCUCUCAGGUUGUGCUGGAGGAUACCUGAGUGCUAAGGAGAAGACAACACUACUGCAAAGUGCCAGACCUGGGUGGUAUGGGGUGACUGCAUGCUGCUGUCACAGCGUGGGGUGGGUGCAGAGAGGACACCAUGCAUAGCAGCGGGGACAUGGGAACACCCUGUAAAUGAGCACCGUGCACUGACUCAUGCACAACACGCAGUAGAUUUUCCAUGCUGUGCCAUGGAUUCUCUACACCAUGGAUCCUGCAUGAAACACACAGGAUCCUGUGCAUCACGCAUUCGAUCUUCCAUGCUGUGCUUCAGAUCCUGCACAGCACGAACGGGAUCUUGCAUGCCUUGCACUGGCUCCUGCAAAAGCUGCGUUGCAUUCUGUGGAACAUGCAUUCUAUUUCACACACUGUGCACGUUUCCUAAACCCAACAGUGCUGGUAUGGUGCAGGACUGUGCUGGGGAGGGGGGGGGUCCUUGCCCACAUCCCACCACCUCCAGCCCACCACUUGCUAUUUUAAAGCCCUAUUCUUUCCCUGUCUCUCCGAUAAGAAAUGCUAAUGAUGCGAUGAAAUUGGAUAGUUCAAUCGCCUUCUUCUCCUAAUGGAACUCUUGUGUUAGUUAAUUUGCUGUUUUUAAUGGGCUGAUUGUUCUCCUGCGCUGGGGGAACCACGUGAGCACUUCAGUGUGUUUUGCAGUGGUCAGAUGUGAGGUGGUGCUUGAAGGCAGCUGAACCUUGUUGCUCACUAAUUGUGGAGCAAUUUGAAGAGGAGGGCCAGAUGUAUAAAUUAUCGGUGCUGCAUUCCUUCAGAUCAUGAGCAACUGCUGAGUUCUGCUGGGACUUCUGCCCACCAUCCCUGGGUGCUAAGGGGAUGAACCUUGGGAAUUAAGGAGGUGGAACUUUCUCACCCUGAGACUGAAAUGAAUGGAGAACCUCAGGGCUGGUGAUGCACCCAGGGACUUCUCACUGCUCAUCUGCAGGGUGCACAGCCCUGAUCACGAUAGAGAUGCCUGUGGGAUCAUCUGCUGCUGAGAGCUGCUGCACCCACUGAUCUGCUCCAAAGCUCCAUCUGUUCCCCAUGGUCCUCCAUGCUGCUACGUCCCUCCGGGGGGCUCAUCCAGGAGGGGAAUAAUGCAGAAUCCCCCACAGAGGAGAGCAUCUCCCUGGCUCUCCAGGAGGGAUGAAGAUGCUAUGGCCAAGCUAUGGGUAAAAUUCCAGCGCUCCUUUCGCCGGAGACCUGUACGCUUCUUCACGCUUCUGGCUCUCUACUUGGCAGCUGGCAGCUUGGUUUUCCUGCACGCUGGCUUCACUGGGGAGCCCCGGGUGGCAGGGAGCCAGCGCAGCCCUGGGGCAGGCGAGGGGCUGGGACUGCCUUACCUGGGGGGCACAAGGCUGAGCCGAGGUUUCCCAGAGGUGGCAGUGGGCCGACGGCGUGGGCACUGGUUCAAGGGCAUGGCCAAGGAACCAGCAGAGAGGAGCAGAGCGGGUGAAUACGGCGCGGUGCGGAGCCGGGCACCCAAGGGCCGGGGCGGCCGUGAGAAAGAGGAGGACAGAGCAAGGUACAUUGGUUGCUACGAGGACAACACUCGGAGCCGCACGCUGCGUGGUGUGUCCUUCUUUGACUACAAGAAGAUGACAGUCUUCCGUUGCCAGGACAACUGUGCUGAACGGGGCUACCUGUAUGCAGGGCUGGAGUUCGGUGCCGAGUGCUACUGUGGCCAUAAGGUUCAGGCACCCAAUGCCAGUGAAUCUGAGUGCAACAUGGAGUGCAAAGGUGAACGGAGCAGCACCUGCGGCGGGGCCAACCGUCUCUCCAUCUACCGCCUGGAACUGGCCCAGGAAUCUGCCCGACGCUAUGGCAGUGCGAUAUUCCGGGGCUGCUUCCGCCAGCCAGACAAUGUCACCAUCGCUCUGCCUGCCAGCCAGCCCAUGCCCAACAUGUCUGUGGACAAGUGUGUGGACUUCUGCACUGAGAAGGAGUUCCCUCUGUCGGUGCUGGCUGGCACUGUCUGCCGCUGUGGCUUCCCCACCACGCUUUUCCCCCUGCAUGAGCGUGAGGAUGAGCAGCUCUGUGCCCAACGCUGUGCUGGAGAGGAGUUUGAGAGCUGUGGCACCACCGAGUUCCUGCUUGUCUACCAGACCCAGGUGCAAGACAAUCGCUGCAUGGACCGCCGGUUCCUGCCCACCCGCUCCAAGCAGCUUGUUGCCCUGGCCAGCUUUCCUGGGGCUGGGAACACGUGGGCACGACACCUGAUUGAGCUCGCCACUGGCUUCUACACUGGCAGCUACUACUUUGAUGGGUCCCUCUACAACAAAGGGUUCAAGGGCGAGCGGGACCACUGGCGGAGCGGGCGGACGAUCUGCAUCAAAACCCAUGAGAGUGGCCAGAAGGAGAUCGAAGCCUUUGAUGCUGCCAUCUUACUGAUCCGCAACCCCUACAAGGCACUGAUGGCAGAGUUCAACCGCAAAUACGGGGGGCACAUUGGCUUUGCUGCACACGCCCACUGGAGGGGCAAAGAGUGGCCGGAGUUCGUGGCCAACUACGCACCGUGGUGGGCGACCCACACGCUGGAUUGGCUGCGCUUUGGCAGGAAGGUGCUGGUGGUGCACUUUGAGGACCUCAAGCAGGACCUCUUCAAGCAGCUGAAGCGCAUGGUGGGGCUGCUGGGCAUCGCCGCCUGCGAGGACCGCCUGCUUUGUGUCGAGGGGCAGAAGGAUGGCAACUUCAAGCGCUCGGGUUUGAGGAAGCUGGAAUAUGACCCCUACACCCCUGAGAUGAGGAAGAUGAUCAGUGGAUACAUCCGAACGGUGGAUGCAGCACUGAAGCUCCGCAAUCUAUCAGGGGUGCCGGAUGAUUACUACCCGAGGUGAUGGUCGAGGGAUCUGCCCCUCCCUGGGGAGGAAAGGAUUGAUUUCCUCUGCCUGCUUCCACCCAGUGGGUGGCUUUCUUGUAAUUCUCCAUCUGCUGCUAUGAGCUGUUAAUCAACCCCCUGCAUGAGAAGUGCUCGCUCCCCAGCCAUUGCUCAGCUUGCUUGGUUGAUACCUCCACAGAGCUGGGUGCCAAGGGGACGCAUGGUGCCCUGCCACCGCUGCUGGUCCCCGUCCCCAUCCUGCAGGUGGGCCUCUGCCCUGCUGGACAUUGUGGGAGUAGGUAAAGCGGGUGGUGUGGGGCUGAGCAGCUCCAUCCCACUCCCGCAGUGGCUGCUGCAGCAUUCUUAGCAAUGCAAGCAGCUAUUUGCUUGCAUGGAUGCUGCAAUGUAGGGGCCCUGCCCCCCUGGGGCAUGAGUUGGCUUUGGUGGCUGUCCCUAUGCUUUGUGCACUCCCAGAACAGCUCCUCUGGGUCUUCAGUAGAGGUGGAGAUAAUUCCAACAAGAAGGAACACAGUGUGGGGGGCAGCACUACAGGAUGCACUGAGGCGAGGUGGUCGCGAUGCACUGGUUGGGAUGUCUCUGGGUUCUUUGGGAGCAACCAACCUCUGUGUGUGGUGAUGGGAGCACUGACGCUGGCUAGAGCAGCAUGCAGCACCUGUGGGAGCAUCCUUCCUCAUUGCAAAAGCUCCCAAGCCAGGAAAAAGAAACCUAGGAAGAUAUUUUGGGGAAGGGUGACGGGGUGGUGGUCUGGAUAAGAUGUGGACCAGCUCCAAGCCAUGACUGUGAUACUGAGGGCCUGGGCAUGGAGCACAGCUUCUGCCCUGGCCGUGGGGAAGGAGGAAACCAAAGGAGCUCUGUGUCUGGAAAGCAUCUGCAAAGCUGGCUCUGCGCAGGGCUGCAUGCUGCCCCAGACACCCCAACACAGCUGGGUCCCUACCCUCCCCCAGAUCGAUGGAGGUGCAAAAGCCAUAUCUUGUCUGCAGCCUUUUCUAGAGUUAGUUACUCAACAAUUGGCUUUUAACUCUCGAUGGUUAUAGACAUGUGUGCACAGAUCCAAAAUCUCCAGUUAACCUAUACUCAAAGAAAAAGAAGAAAACUCCACUGGAUAAGGAGAUUUUCAAUAAAAUAUAUUUUUCUAACAUGCGUGCGGAGCUGACAGCGCCUAAGGGACAGGAUGGGGGGGGUUUCUGUGCAUGGGGAGCCGCUCACCCAUGAAUGUAUUUUGCAAAGAGUGUGCUGGUGUUCCCUGUCCUGCACUGCAGGCCGGUGGCUGCCUACCUCUGUCAGAACAAAUCCUCAGGUCAACCCAGCUAUUAAAGAGUUUUGUUGCUA